UAGAUACGCGUUGGAUAUUUGUUAUCUUUUUGUUAAUUUGCAAUUUUUAAUAGAGAUAUUUCCUUGGACUAGGAUUUGAUUAUUAUAAUCAUAGGUGAAAGCAGACCAAUGAGAGAAGAGUAUCGAUCGUAACAACACGACAUUCGGUUUCAGCGAAUGAGAAGCAUCUUAUACAUAACCAAUAGUAACAGUGAGAAGAGGAGUGAGAAAGGAGAAGUGGAAGAGAGAAAGAGAAAGAGAGUGAGAGAGAGAGAGAAAGUGAUAGAAGACAGAAGUUAGAAGAAAGAGAAACACGGAAAUUACAGACGGACAAGUGUCUUUUAUCAAAGUGUUACAAGUUAUUAUAUUUAUUUCAUUCUUCGACGGACAUUUAAACAAUUCAAAGAUGCCGAACAUUAAAUUACAAAGUUCUGAUGGCGAGGUAUUUGAGGUGGACGUAGAUAUUGCAAAAUGUUCUGUAACCAUUAAAACAAUGUUGGAGGAUUUAGGUAUGGACGAGGACGAAGAAGAAGUUGUACCUUUGCCCAAUGUUAAUUCUGUUAUUCUAAGGAAAGUAUUACAAUGGGCAACUUAUCAUAAAGAUGAUCCACCUCCACCAGAGGAUGAUGAAAAUAAAGAGAAACGUACAGAUGAUAUUAGCUCUUGGGAUGCUGACUUUUUAAAAGUUGAUCAGGGUACACUUUUUGAAUUAAUUUUGGCAGCUAACUAUCUUGAUAUUAAAGGAUUGUUAGAUGUAACAUGCAAGACUGUUGCCAAUAUGAUUAAAGGCAAAACUCCAGAAGAAAUUCGUAAGACUUUCAACAUAAAGAACGAUUUUACGGCAUCGGAGGAAGAACAGGUUCGCAAGGAAAAUGAAUGGUGCGAGGAGAAAUAAGCCAAAGGAUAUCAUAUUUUUAAAUAUUUAAUUUUAGUGUUUUUCAAUUUUUAAUUAAAAUUUUUUGUUUUUUUUUCCCCUUUCCACAACUCAUUUUUUUUGUUUUUGUUUCUUUUUUUUUUUUUUUGUUUUUUUUUCUAAUCCUGUUACCUUCUAAUAAAAUAUUUUGGUAUCAAGUACAUACAAUAAUCUAUAGGAAACAAUGGUUCCAUCCAAAUGCUUAGAUAAUAUAUGAUAAACUUGAUAUGAUUUAUUUGUCCAUAUUAAAUAGCAAAUAUUAAUGAAAUUUCUAUACGAUGUACACCAUAGAGUUCUCUCUUUCCAUAGAGUAUUCUUUCUUUUUUUUUGGUCUCUUAGUAACAUAAGUUUUACAUCACUUUAAAUCUAAGCUCCUCAAGAUUUAUUUUGUGAAAAUAUAGUUAGAAUAUAUUUGCAUAAUAUUAGGUAAUAUAUUAAUAUAUCUCUCAAUCUCUCUCUAUUUCUCUCACUCUCUCUCUCUCUCUCUGUGGCAUUACAACUUAAAUUAAAAAAAAAAAAAAGGAAUAUUGUGUAUACAUUAGUUGACAAAAUUAAAGGAUAAGACUUAACAAUA